AUGACUUUUGAUGAUGUACAUGUGAACUUCACUGGGGAAGAGUGGAAUUUGCUAGAUCCUUCACAGAAAAAUCUCUACAAAGAUGUGAUGUUGGAAACCUACCUGAACCUCGAAGCUAUAGGCUAUUAUCGGGGAGACCAUCAUCUUGAAGAAAAUUGUCAAAUUAGUAGAAGACAUGAAAGAUCCAGUCAUCUCCAAUAUCAUAAAAGAACACAUACUGGAGAGAAACCAUAUGAAUGUAAUCAAUGUAGUAAAGUCUUUGCAAGAUCCAGUCAUCUCCAAUAUCAUAAAAGUACACAUACUGGAGAGAAACCAUAUGAGUGUAAUCAAUGUGGUAAAGCCUUUGCAAGACCCAGUAAUCUCCAAUAUCACCAAAAAACACAUACUGGAGAGAAACCUCAUGAAUGUAAUCAAUGUGGUAAAGCCUUUGCAUGUCACAGUUAUCUCCAAUAUCAUAAAAGAUCACAUACUGGAGAGAAACCUUAUGAAUGUAAUCAAUGUGGUAAAGCCUUUGUAUACCACAGUCAUUUCCAAAGACAUAAAAAAACACAUACUGUAGAGAAACCUUAUAAAUGUAAUCAAUGUGGUAAAGCCUUUGCAUGUCACAGUUAUCUCCAAUAUCAUAAAAGAACACAUACUGGAGAGAAACCUUAUGAAUGUAGUCAAUGUGGUAAAGCUUUUGCCCGUCACAGUGAUCUCCAAUAUCAUAAAAGAACACAUACUGGAGAGAAACCUUAUGCAUGUAACCAAUGUGGUAAAGCUUUUGCACAGUAUGGUCAUCUCCAAUAUCAUAAAAGAACACAUACUGGAGAGAAACCUUGUAAAUGUAAUCAAUGUGGUAAAGCCUUUGCAUGCCACAUUCUGCUCAAAUUCCAUAAAAGAACACAUACUGGAGAGAAACCUUAUGAAUGUAAUCAAUGUGGUAAAGCCUUUGCACAGCGCAGUCAUCUCCAAAGACAUAAAAUGACACAUACUGGACAGAAACCUUAUGAAUGUAAUCAAUGUGGUAAAGCCUUUGCACAGCGCAGUCAUCUCCAAAGACAUAAAAUGACACAUACUGGAGAGAAAUCUUAUGAAUGUAAUCAAUGUGGUAAAGCCUUUGCACAGCGCAGUCAUCUCCAAAGACAUAAAAGUACACAUACUGGAGAGAAUCCUUAUGAAUGUAAUCAAUGUGGUAAAGCCUUUGCACAGCACAGUAAUCUCCAAUAUCAUAAAAGAACACAUACUUAA